AUGAAGCAGCUCUGCACAGUCGAAGAGGAGGCCGCAGGGCAGGCAACAAAGCUGAAACAGGGAGACAAAGAGUGUUCUAAAGCGGAGAGGGAGCUGCAGCAGCUGGUGGUGCGGGAUGAAGAGCUGCGGGCGGAAGUGGGAGGCGAGCUGUCUCGGCUGCAGGAGAAGCAGCAGCAGCAGCAGCAGCUGGAGCAGCGGCAGCAGCAGCAGCAGCAGCUGCUGCAGCAGCUCGAAGCUGCGCUCCAGCAAAGAGACGCAGAUAAGGAAAGCAAAAGCCUCAAAGCAGCAGAAGCAGAAGUGGAGGCAGCAAAAGAAGCUGUUGAGCAAUACCAAGAAUCCAUCAAGGACGAGGUGCAGCAGCUUUCUGCUGCGCAUGUAGCAGCAGAGAAGGAGCUGCUGCAGCAGCAGCAGCAGCUGGACCGGCAGCUGACAGCAGCAGCAAAAGUGACUUCAGCUUUGGAGCUGCUGCAGCGGAAAGAAAAGCAAAUUAGAGAAAGGCAGCAGCAAGCACAGGAGUUGCUGCGGCGGUGUGGCGAAACAGAAACAGCAAAUGCUGCUGCGCUGCAGCAGCAGCAGCAGCAGCUCGCAGCAGCAGCAGCAGACCUGAAAACGGUGCAGCAGCAAAAGAGAGACGCAGACAAAGAAAUCAGCAGCCUCGAGCAGCAGCUGCUUCAAGCCAAGGGACAGAUCAGCGGGUAUGAACGGGCGUUUCUUGCUGCUUCCGGAGGGUUUAGCAGCUACUAUGUUGUUGAAAAACCCUCAGACGCUCAUGAGCUUUUCGAGCUGCUGAGGGUUUACGAACUUGGCCGCUGCAACGUGCUCGCGCUGCAGGUCUUGGAAAAGGAGCUGUCUGGACGGCUGGCGGAGGCGGAGGCGGAGGCGGCGAGGUGUACAGACACCUCAGCGCCGCGACUCCUCGAUUUGCUGCACUUCAUUUCUCCCAGAUUUAAAAUUGCUUUUUUUAAAUCUGUUGGAAACACUCGCGUUGCUGCAGACAUGGAGCACGCCACCCACCUCGCCUACGCCCUCAGGCAACGCGUGGUGACUCUGGAAGGAGGUUUAAUAGAGCUAGACGGCCGCAUGGUGGGCGGGGGUUUAGGGUUUGGGGGAUGCAGCAUAAGGACUGACACGCAGCGAGCUUCUGCUGCUGCUGCUGCUGCUGCUCCAUUUGAGACGGAGCAGCAGCAGCAGCAGGAGCUGCAGCAGCUGCAGCAAACCAUCAAACAGCUUCAAGGCGCAAUCAGCGAACACAAGCGCAGAAGAGAGGAGCUGGCUACGAAUGAAAAGCACCUUGAGAGGCAGCGCGCUGAGGCCGAGUCGGCCAUUGAGCUGCUGCAGCAAGACAUAGCAGCAGCUCAGCUUCAGGAAAGAACAGAGGAGCUGCAGGAGUCUCUUGCUGCUCUCGAGGAAGAAGCAAGAAAAGUUGUUGAGAAACUAGAGGAGGCAAAGACGCAGCGAGAGCUGCUGCUGCAGCAGCAGCAGCAGCUGCAGAAGCAGCAGCAGCAACUUGAGGAGACACUUAAGGAAACGGCUCUUGCGUCUCUAGAAACACAGCACCUGUACGACUCCUUGAAGCAGCAGCUGCAGCAGCAGCAGCAGCAGGAGCAGCAGCAGCAGCGGCAGUUUUCUGCUGCCUUGGAGUGCCUCAUGGAAAUCGACGCCACCAUACAGGCAGAAGAGGAGGAGCCCAGCGAGUCCGAGCAGCAGCAGCAGCAGCAGCAGCAGGAGCCGGUUUUGGCCCUGACAGAUGGCUCUGUCGACGCCGAAUCCGAGCAGCAGGAGAAGCCGCAAGAGCAGCAGCAGCAGCAGCAGCAGCAGCAGGCUUAUGGGGAGUUGGGGCCAGGUGCUGCUGCUUUGCUGCAGCGGCUGCAGAUUGACUUGAGCGAAAGCAGUUUGCGUCAGUACAGCUCUGAGGCGAUAAGCAAGCUGCAGCAGGAGCAGCAGCAGCAGGAGCAGCAGCAGCAGCAGCAGGGCCAAGGCGGAGACGCAGAGCUGGAGCUGGUCGAUCCCAGCGACCCUUUUACUGAGGGGGUUUUGUUGUCGGUGCGGCCCCCCAAGAAAAGCUGGCGCCACAUCCAGAACUUAUCCGCUGCAGCAGCAGCAGCCGCUGCAGCAGCAGCAGCAGCAGCUACUGCUGCUGCUGCCUUUGGUGUCCAAAACUGCGUUUCCCCGCCCUGCCCUCCACAUCAUCAGCAGCCACACCAGCAGCAGCCCCGCCAGCAGCAGCAGGACGAGGUGGAUCGCGUGUUUGCUGCCGCUGCUGCCGCUGCUGCUGCUGCUGCUGCCGCUGCUGCUGCUGCUGCUGCUGCUGCUGCUGCUGCAGGGGGGGAGCGGACGCUGUCUUCGCUGUCGCUGGUGUUCGCGCUGCACCAGUUCAAGCCAACUUGGAUUUACUUUUUGGACGAAAUCGAUGCAGCUUUGGACUUCAAAAAUGCUGCUGUUGCUGCUGCCUUUUUGCUGCAUAAAGCAGCAGACGCGCAGCUCAUUGUUGUCUCCCUCAGAAACCAACUCUUCGAACUCGCAAGCAGACUCAUUGGCAUUUACAAGACGUUCGACGCAACAAAGUCUGUCACGCUGGACCCGGGGAAGCUAGCAGCAGCAGCAGCAGCAGCAGCAGCAAAUGGAGAGCAAAGCAGAAAAAGGAGAAAUGAAUCAAAUCAGGACCAAAAGGAAAACUUAAAAGAAAUUGCAGAUGAGCAGGAGGCGCAGCAGCACGCAUCGCAGCAGCUGCUGGCGCUUCCUGCUGCAGCUGCUGCUGCUGGCGCUGCUCCUGCUGCUGCGCCGCUGCUGCUGCCGUAG